GUUGCUGUCUUGCCUACUCUUGGGCUCUGAAACAUUCCUGUUUGUCUGUCCUCAUCUUCAGUUCACCACCAUGAAGCUCUUAGCACUCCUAGUCCUGGUGGGCGUUUCCAUGUUCCUGGUCUCUGGCCAAAAUGUGACAACAGUUGCUUCAACUGACACCUCUACUUCUGCACCAGAUGCCCCUGUAGAAAGCUCUACUGCUGCUCCUGCCGACGAGACCACUGCUGCUCCUGCCAACACUAACCCUGCUGCUCCUGCCACCACGAACACUGCUACUCCUGCCAGCACGAGCACUGCUGCUCCUGCCACCAAGCGCACUGCUGCUCCUGCCACCAUUAGGAGAAAGACCACUACAAGUUUCUGGGACUCAAUUCUUGGUGUGCUGCGUGGCUGAGAUCGAAUCAGCCUAGGUCUUCUGCAUCUGGUUCUCCUGGGCCGUGCCAGAACAUGCCUUCAUU